AUGGCUACUCUAGCGAUAGGUAUUGAUUUGGGUACAUCCUAUUCAUGUGUCGCUGUAUUUAAAAAUGGUAAAGUUGUAAUCAUUCCUGAUGAACAAGGUGAUAGAACAACACCAUCAUAUAUUGCAUUUACUAAUAAUGGACGUUUAGUUGGUAAUCCAGCUAAAAAUCAAGUAGCUAUGAAUCCAAAUAAUACAAUUUUCGAUGCUAAACGACUUAUUGGUCGUCAAUUUUAUGAUCCAACUGUUCAACAUGACAUGAAACUUUGGCCUUAUAAAGUAAUUAAUGAUCAUAAUAAACCAAAGAUUCUAAUUGAAUUUAAAAAUGAAGCAAAAGUAUUUACACCUGAAGAAAUAUUGUCAAUGAUAUUAACAAAAAUGAAAAGCAUAGCAGAAGCUUAUCUUGAAGAAAAAGUUACCGAAGCUAUUAUUAGUGUUCCAGCUCAUUUUAAUGAUUCACAACGUCAAGCAACAAAAGAUGCUGGUGUUAUUGCUGGUCUAAAUGUAUUACGUCUUAUAAAUGAACCAACAGCUGCUGCUAUUGCUUAUGAUUUGGAUAAGAACGUAUCCGGUGAAAGAAAUAUUCUUGUUUUUGAUUUGGGUAGUGGUAAUAUUAAUGUAUCAGUACUUAAAAUUGAACAACAAAUAAUCGAAGUCAAAUCAGUAGCUGGUGAUACAUAUUUAUGUGGUAAAGAUUUCGAUAAUCGAAUGGUAGCACAUUUUGUUAAAGAAUUUAAACGAAUCAAUAACAAAGAUUUAUCACAAAAUAAACAUAAUCUUUGCCGUUUGUAUACUGCUUGUGAGCAUGCUAAACGUACAUUAUCAUCUUCAUUACAAGCUUCAAUUAAAAUUGAUAGCCUUCAUGAAGGUAUUGAUUUCUGUUCAACAAUAACACGUGCUCGUUUUGAAGAACUUUGUGCUGAUCUUUUUCAUUCAACAACUGAACCAGUUGAAAAAGCUUUACGUGAUGCUAGAAUGGAUAAAUCAGAUAUUCAUGAAAUUGUACUCGUCGGUGGUUCAACACAUAUUCCAAAAAUACAAAAACUUCUAAAAAAUUUCUUUGGUGGCAAAGAAUUAAACAGAUCUAUCAAUCCAGAUGAAGCUGUUGCAUAUGGUGCUGCUGUUCAAGCUGCUAUACUAACAGGUGAUAAAUCGGAAAUCAUUGAAGAUCUCCUUUUACUUGAUGUUGCACCAUUUUCAUUGGGUAUCGAAACAACUGGUGGUGUUAUGACAGCAUUAAUUAAACGCAAUACAACAAUUCCAACAAAAAAAACACAAACGUUUUCAACUCAUUCAGAUAAUCAAACUAGUUUUAAAAUGAAAGUUUUUGAAGGUGAAUGUGCAAUGACAAAAGAUAACCGUUUACUUGGCAAAUUCGAACUUUCUGGUAUUACACCAGCUGCUCGUGGUGUAGCAGAAAUCGAAGUUACAUUUGAUAUUAAUGCAAAUAGCAUCUUAAAUGUUUCAGCUGUUGAGAAAUCAACUGCCAAUAAAAAUAAAAUCACAAUUACAAAUGAUAAAGGACGUUUAUCAAAAGAAGAAAUUGAAUGUAUGAUUGCUGAUGCUGAAAAAUAUAAAAACGAAGAUGAAAUACGACGUGAUUGUAAUGAAGCCAAGAGAUCACUUGAAUCAUAUUGUUUUAAUAUACAAGCAACAAUCAAUGAUCAAAAAUUAGCAGAGAAAAUAAAUGGUUAUGAUAUGAAGAAAAUGAUCGAUGCUAUUGGAAACACGUUAAAAUGGUUGGAAAUUCAUGAUUUUGUUGAAAAAGAAGAAUUUGAAUAUCAAUUAAAAGAAAUUGAUAGAAUAUGUUCACCAAUAAUGCAAAAACUCAAUUUAGACAAAGGUGGCCGAACGCGUAAGCUUGGUAAACCCUAA